CACUCCAGCAUGAAAAAGCACGUGAAAUUCCUUGAAAACAACGAUAAAAGUCGUCUGUACCACAAAAAGUCGUUUUUGCCUUUAAGGCCAUCUGGUCUCAGUCAUGUGCAAGCUGGCAAAACAAACUCAGUAUUUGGACAUAAAAUACAAAGACCUGCUACUAUACAAGUGCCAGAACAAGAUCGGGGCACUAAAACUAUUCAUAUCCCUAAGACCAUGGCUGCUGCUCCAUUUUUACAGCACCCAGGCCUGACACCUGGACAGAAGCGUUUUCUGUAUAAUAUCGCAGAGGCCUACAGUAAAGAGCACAUGCGGCAGUUAAUAUGUCAACACUAUAUGAAUGUAUUACACCGCUGUAUCAGGACAGUGCCAGAUGCGAAUGUGAAUCUAAACGUGAAGCUGCAGAUGUCAACAUACACCCCACAGGUGGAGCACAUGUCAAACUCUCAAAGUACAUCUACGAGCAAGACAAAAGAAAGUGGAAAGAGAUCUUCGACCUCAGAGAAAGUCAAGAAAACAACUUUACCUAAAAUUGUCAAUCAUCAAAGAGUGUCUUCUGGAUUUGCAAAGUCAAACACAAUACAUUCAAAAAAGAGAAGGACUAACACUGCAAAACACGCUUCUUCACGGGAAUCACGUCCAUGGGAAGAUGACUUUGAAUGGGAGGCGACUGAAAUGGAUUCUUAUCUUGCAGGACACAUGAGUGGCCUGUCUUUCAAUGAAUCAGAAGAAGAUGAUGAGGACUAUCUAUUCCUUACCUAACACAUCAGUCUAUGUUUUAUGUCAUUUGUGAAAAAUAUCUAACAAGAUCUUUUUUAAAACAUAUCCAAGACGAUCCAGUUUUAAGUAAAAAGCUGUUCCAGACAUUUCAAAAUAGUGAUUUUAAUAAUGUGCAAUCUGUGUUUUCUUAAAAAAUAAAAAACAAAAUUAC